GCCAGAGCUUGCCUAAACGUCCCCAUUGCCCCGUCUCUCCUCCUAAAAACAAUCAAUUAUUGCAAUGCUAGUAACAAAAACAGUCACGUUUUCCCAAUCCCCUACCAAUAUGGUGCUCUGCAAAGACAUCAUGUCGGAAAGUCCUCGUCUGAUACCUGCCUCAAUUCUGGAAUUCGUACCUGCUUUCGACUUGAUGGUCCGAAACAGAUAUUUCCUAACAAGUACACAGUGUAAAGGAAAAAGGGAAAAGAUGGGCGAAGUAUUGAAAUUUAUCGUCGAAACUUUAAAUUCAACACCUUACUUCAAGAAUUUGAACCUGAUUUCAUUCGAUUCUUUGGCUGGUGAACAAUACCUUCAGAUAUUAAGCGAUGUCUUGUCAGAAAUUGAAUCGAAAAGCCCAAUUGAUAUUCGAGAAGAGGACACGGAAGUUACCAUUGUCAGGAUAUUAGCAUGUUUACGAAUGCUCAAAUACAAGCCUCCGAGCCACAUCAAUGCCCAAGUAUUUCGAGAGGGCCUCUUACUCGGUUCCAAAGCGGUUAUCUAUCCAAUUUUGGACUGGCUGCUCAGACGUCAACCUGAGUUAAAGACCAGAGCGUACUUAGCCAGAUUUCUGAUCAAGGUGGAUAUUCCUGGGGAUUACUUAGCAGACGCAGACGUUUUAGAGGUUAGCAAUCAAUAUGAUGGAUUGAUUGAAGAAUUCAAGCUCGCGCACAAGGAAGUGGAGACCCUAAAAUCGAGCGGUUAUGGAACCUCCGAACUACGCCGAGACAUUGAGGAAAUGGAGAAUGAAAGUGAAGUGGUCGAGAAGAGGAUUGAGAGGAUCCAGCGGAAAUUGGAUGGAAUGCCAACCUUGAACACCAUGCUUGAAACAGCAAAGUCGUUACGACAACAGAAGGAACGAGAUCAAGAGCUCCAAUCCCAAAAAGAAGAUCAGAGGAACAUGAUCCAUCACAUCGACCAAAGGAUCACACGAUUAGAGUCUCAGUUGAGCAACUUGAAACAGAGUAGCACGGGAGCCACCUCAGAUGGGUUGAUCCAGAAACUCACGGAAGAAAACAACGUUAACGCCUAUUUAGUCACUCAAAAGUUGCCCAAAGAACUGUCCAGCAAACGGAAUGGCAACAAUGCUAUUGACAAAGUGAUUAGUCAAGCUGCCUUGGGCAAGGAGGAUAUUGCUAAAAUCAAGUCCAAAAUUGAUGCCGUCUCCAAAGAGCUGGUGGACAUCUCCAAUAAGCGUAAUGUGACGAAUGAUCCUAUCGAAGAUAAAUUGACCCUAUUCCGACAACAGGCAGCCAUCAUUGGGCGGAAGAAGAGCAACACCGCCGAAAAGCUCAACGACGUUCGAACCGAGACUGCCGCCUUGACUUCGGAAUUAACUGAAAUGAAGGACAAGAUGCAGUCCUUUUCUGGGGAAACUAUAGUUCGAGGCGAUGAUUUCAAAAAAUAUGUCAGCUCCUUGAGAUCCAAAAGCACCGUGUACAAGCAGAGAAGGGCCGUGUUUUCGGAGCUGAAGGCGGAGUAUGGGAUACUUUCUCGAACUUUCGAGAUCUUAAACACCAACAAGGAAUAUCUCGCGCAAAUGCUCGAGAAGGUUGAAACCGAGAAAGGAAUUCAAGGUUUCCGCCAUACACAAGACACCAUGGAGAAGCUGGCGGUGGCCAAAGCUGACCUCGACGAUCAGAAAGGUCAGACACUCGAUGACAUGUCCGGCCUGGUUCAGGAACUGACCAUGAAAAUAAGCGAGCGGAAAGCCCAACUGGCGCCUAUCAUCAAAGAGUUGCGGCCUUUACGUCAACAAUGUCAAGAGCUUCAGACUACGUAUGAUGAGAAAAAGAUGCAUUAUGACACCCUGUUGCUCCAGCUCGAAUCAGGAAUGACCCGGUUGGAGAACGAGGUGAAGAAAAUCCAGGAUGAGAUUUUGCGCAACGAGAGGGAGGUCGCCUCGACGGACAUAAUGCAUGCUUUGAACCUCCAAUGGCUACAGAGGGCCGAGAACGAGCUCAAGCUCUAUGUUGCUAGGAACGCCGUGGGAACAGAUCAGCCUAACAAAGGCUGGCGCGAGGAAAUCCUCAAGCUCAUAUCUGUUCAAGAAAAACGAGGCAAGAUGUUGAAGGAGGAGCAAAUGGUCAUGAAAGAGUCGUCCUCACAGGUGUCGAGACAGAUCGUGUUGUGGUCCGAUAUGGCUAAGCUAUUCUCUUGCAAAUUGCUAGUGAAAGACCAACAGAAAAACUCAGGCGGUGCCGAUAUGGGAACUAUCACGCGAGAUCUGGGAACCGAAACGCUCGUGCUUUAAGUGCUCUACAGAUCUUUUUCAAUGAUACCCAUAUUACAGCCCAUCAUUAAAGUAGUUUCUGCUUUUUCCCUC